GAUGAGGUUCCCAAAACUGGGGGCCGAGGGUGCCUACCUGGCCAGAACGCGCACACAUCACAAGUCCCUUCCUCUAUUGCUAUUUUCCGAUCACAUAUUCACAUUCCUUUUACUAUCAUCCAAAUUAUUCCCCCUUUCCAAUUCAAUUCAAUUCGAAAUAAUAAAAAUAAAAUAAAAAUAGCAUCAUGACCAUGCCUACAACUUUGUUACUCGAAGCCAAUCCCUCCUAUUUGAAAUGGAAGCAAUUCCCUUUGCCUUUGCCACGGCAUGGAAUCACAAAGCCUGUUAAAUUCACUCCAAUAAUACCUGCCACAUAUAAACACAACAGCGCCAAAUGUGUGUCAUCGCGGAAGCAAGAAAACUCGUCCACCUCAAAAUUCCCGUUGGAGGUUCUGGCCAGUACUUUAUCGAAUGCGCUGAAGGCGUUGCGAAAGCCGGCCAUAGCUGCGGUGUUGGUAGGGUUGCUGUUAAUGUACGACCCCAACUCUGCAUUAGCUGCAUCUGGAGGUCGAAUGGGUGGAAGGUCCUUUUCUUCUUCUUCAUCUUCUUCUUCUUCUUCUUCGAGGAGUUAUUCUGUGCCCUCAAGCCCAGGGCAAGGGUUCUCUUACUCGGUGCCAUAUUAUGGGCCUGCUCCAUUCGGCGGUGGGGUUUAUGUUGGGCCUGCCGUUGGGUUCGGAGUGGGUGCUGGCUCCAGUUUCUUUCUCAUCUUAAUGGGCUUCGCUGCCUUUAUUUUGGUUUCUGGCUUUCUCUCCGAUCGGUCUGAAGGUAGUGUGCUCACCGCCGCUGGCAAAACCACCGUUCUCAAGCUUCAGGUUGGGUUGUUGGGGAUGGGUCGCUCACUUCAAAGUGAUCUGAAUAGGAUUGCACAAGUUGCAGAUACAUCAACUUCUGAAGGUUUGAAUUAUGUAUUGACAGAGACAACAUUAGCUUUGCUUCGACAUCCUGAUUACUGUAUCUCAGCAUAUUCAUCUGUGGACAUAAAGCGGGGUAUAGAAGAUGGGGAGAAACGUUUUAAUCAACUUUCAAUUGAAGAGCGGGGGAAAUUUGAUGAAGAAACACUGGUUAAUGUAAAUAACAUAAAGAGGCAAAGCACAAGAAGCCAGAGAGCAAAUGGGUUCAGCAAUGAAUACAUAGUGAUAACAAUCUUGGCAGCUGCUGAAGGAGAACAUAAACUUCCUAGCAUCAAUGGAAGUGGAGACUUGAAGGAAGCUUUACAAAAACUUGGAUCCAUUCCCUCGAGCAAAUUAUUAGCAGUUGAGGUUUUAUGGACCCCUCAGAAUGAGAAUGAUACUCUCUCAGAACGGGAGCUACUUGAAGAUUACCCACUUUUGCGGCCAUUGUAAAUUGUGAUGAUAUGCUUGCGUACUAGCUUGCAUUCUGCUUCUAGCCUUCUAGAGUUAUGAGCCGAAAUUGGGUUGUGAUUGCAUAGUUGGGGAUCAUCUAGAGUAAUACUGAAUAACGUUAAAACUAUUGAUAUUGUCCUGCUACUCAAUCUGCUAGGUUAUAUGCUGCGGCCAUUGUCAGUAAUGAUGUCGUGUCACUAUAGAAUGUUCAAUCUUAAAUAUUGAUGGUGUUUAGUUGUACAAAUUACCAGCAGGAUCAAUUCUAAAGAAUAUAUGCAAUGUUACAGACAAUUAAUUUGUCGCCUUAAUUUUAAGUUGUCCUUUUUGUGU